AUGUCAUCAAACGAUAAUACUGAACCAAAGAAACUUUAUGACGAUUUAAAUUUAAUUUUUAAAAAUAAUCCAAAUAUAAAUGAAAUUGGAUUUGUAAUUUCAACUAAAGAUUAUGAUGGAUUAGAGAAUAAACCAUUUGUAGUUGUAGAAAAUAAACUUGGGUUUUCAUUUUUAUGGUUAACUAAACUAUAUUCAUUUUGUUUUCAUAGAUUUAUAGAGUUAAAGAAUGAUUUUGAUUCAUUAAUAAACGAAUUUUUAAAAAUAAAAGUGGAUGAUACAAUUUUCAAAAGCACCAGUGACUUAAUUGAAAAGUUAAUAGAAGCUACAAGAAAUGUUUUAUCAAUUAAUGCUGAAAAUGUAACUGCUUUAAAUCAAAGAAAAAAAUUAAUUAUUUUAGAAAUGGUAGAUCACCAAACUGAAAUUAAUUUAUUAAAUUUAAUAUUUACAAAACACCCAAAAAGUGGCGAAGGUUGGGCUCAUAGAAAGUGGAUAUAUACAGAUUAUUAUAAAAAAACAAAUCAAUAUCUCUCUUAUCAAAUCGAGUUGGAUGUUUGUAAAAGAGUUGCUGAAAUCUAUCCAAAGAAUUAUUAUGCAUGGACUCACAGAUGGUGGAUACUUAAAAACCUUUCAAUUGAAUUGUUUCUUAAAGAUUUAGAAUUAAUGGAAGAUUGGAUUAAAAGAAAUAUUUCAGAUUAUUGUGGAUAUCACCAUAGAUAUUUAAUUUUAACAACUUUAUUUAAAAUUUUUUUUAAUAUUAAAGAUGGAAAAGAUCCUCAAAUUGAUGAAAUCGAAUUUUCUAAUCAAGUCUUAAAUGAAAACUUAUUUUUAGAAAUAUGGUCAAAAGAAUUUAAAUUUAUUGAAAAGGUUAUUAAAAUGUAUCCAGGUCACGAAUCACCAUGGAAUUAUAAAAGAACCAUAUCACUAUUUUGGUUGGAAAAUAGCGAACUUAUUAGCAAAUCGUCACAUUCAAAUUUAUUAUUACCAAUAACAAGUGUCUAUAAAGAAUGUUUAUUUGUUCAUUCUAUAAUUCAAGAUAAUGAAUCUUCAUAUUAUUUAAAACAAAAAUCAUUUGCUGAGGAUUAUUUAUCUUCAAUUUACCAGGUAUAUAAUAAAGAUUAUUUGGGUGAUAGUAACUUUAAUUUAGAAACUUUAAAACAAAACUAUACAAAACUAAUAACACAAUUAAAAAAAUCAAAUCCAGAUAAAAUUAAUGUAUUUGAUUAUAAAAUAAAUAAAUUCACAAAAUAA